AUGGCGACCGCCGAGCCUAUUCUCCCCGUCAAGGGUAAGAACAACGUCUUGGUCACUUCCGCCCUUCCCUAUGUCAACAACACGCCCCAUCUCGGCAACGUCAUCGGCAGUGUCCUCUCCGCCGAUGUUUUUGCGCGCUUCUCCCGCGCUCGCGGCAACCCGACUAUCUUCAUCUGCGGCUCCGACGAGUACGGUACUGCCACCGAGACCAAGGCCCUUGAGGAGGGCGUCGACCCAGAGACCCUGUGCCGAAAGUACCAUGCCGUCCAUAAGGGCAUCUACGAGUGGUUCAAUCUAUCCUUUGACAUUUUCGGCCGCACUCCGACCGAGCAGCAGACCGAGAUUGUCCAGGAUAUCUUCCGCAAGCUGUGGCAAAACGGCUACAUCGAGGAGCGCGAGACGACCCAGCCCUUCUGCCCAGUUCACCACAGCUUCCUGGCAGAUCGCUUUGUUGAGGGUGAAUGCUCCCUCUGCGGCUACAACGACGCCCGUGGCGACCAGUGUGACAAGUGCGGCAACCUUCUCGAUCCCCUCGAACCCGAGCCCGAGGCCGGCAACGCCAAGCCCGACGAUGACAUCGCUGCGAAGGCCACCGGGUGGUUGAUCAACCCUCGAUGCAAGCUGGACGGCGCCAAGCCCGACAAGAAGCAGACGAAGCACCUUUUCCUUCGUCUCGACGCGCUUAAGGAGCCGCUCAUCGAUUGGUUCAAGAAGGCGAGCACUGAGGGCGCGUGGAGCACCAGCGCCCAGACCAUCACUCAGGCGUGGAUCGACAAGGGACUGAAGCCGCGCGGUAUCACGAGAGAUCUUAAGUGGGGUGUUCCCGUUCCUACAGAUGUUACUGGCGAGGACUAUGCCGCCAAGGUUUUCUAUGUUUGGUUCGAUGCCUGCAUUGGCUACGUCUCGAUCACCAAGAACUAUACCGAUGGGGCCGACCUCGCCGGCAAGAAGUGGGAGCAGUGGUGGAAGAACCCGGAUGAGGUCAAGCUGUACCAAUUCCUCGGCAAAGACAACGUCCAGUUCCACAGCACCGUCUUCCCCGCGUCGCAGCUCGGCACCAACGAAAACUGGACCAAGGUUCACAAGAUCUCUGCCACUGAGUACCUCAACUAUGAGGGUGGCAAAUUCAGCAAAUCGCGUGGUGUCGGCGUCUUCGGCAACCAGGUCCAGGAGACUGGCGUUCCUUCGGAUGUCUGGAGAUAUUACCUGCUCUCGCGCCGUCCAGAGACGUCAGACUCGGAAUUCAUGUGGCAGGAGCUGGUGGAUGGCAACAACAACGAAUUGCUGAAGAACCUCGGAAACUUUUGCCAGCGAGUCAUCAAGUUUGCGCAGGCCAAGCUUGACACUACCGUUCCCGAUUACACCAAGUUCGGUCUCAACGACUACCUAAAGAACCACGUCAAGGAGGUCAACGUGAACCUCAAGGAGUAUAUUGCCAACAUGGAGGGCACCAAGUUUCGCGAUGGUCUCAGGAGCAUUCUGUCCAUCUCGGCCCUCGGCAACAAGUUGCUUCAGGACAACAAGCUCGACAACAAGCUUCUCACUGAGGAGCCUGAUCGUUGCGCGGCCAUUAUCGGCCUGGCACUCAACCAGAUUGCGCUCAUCGCCAGCAUUCUGAACCCAUACAUGCCCGUGACGUCCAAGGCCAUCUUUGAGCAGCUAGGCGUGGAGCCUACGCCGACGAUCCCGGACGAGUGGGUCACGGGCGCGAUCAAGCCCGGCCAGAAAUUGGGCGAGGCGAAGCAUUUGUUCUCGCAAAUCCCCGCGAGCAAGAUUGAGGAGUGGCGCGAGGCAUUUGGCGGCGAAGAGGUGCGCAAGCAAAAGGAGGAGGCGGCCGCCAAGGCAGCUGCUAAGAAGGCGGCCAAGGAGCGGGAGAAGGAGAAGAAGCGCCUUAAGAAGGAGGCUGCUAAGGCCGCCGCUGCUUCUGGCGCCGAGGCUGCGCUAGCGGGGGUGGAGUCCGGGGAGAAGAAGAGCGAGGCAGAUCCUGCGAUUGAGGCGGUCACUGAGGCGAUUGCCAAGGCUGACGUGCACACCUCGUAA